GUUGACAAAUGUCAAAUGUCAAAAAUUGGCAUAUUUUCUUUCCGCGAAUAAAUUCCGCUUGUAAAUUUAUUUACAUGACAUAAACCGGAGUGUUUUGCCGGGUCCUUUAAAUAGUUGACACUUAAAAUACUUACCGAUCCCACAAGUAACCGAACAAAAGAUGAUAUUCCAGUUGGUGCGGAGCCUCCACACAAGCCCACUUUGCAGAGCAGUAGAGUCUUCACUGCUGGCUAAACUUCGGAAGAAAACAGGCUACACUAUUGCCAAUUGCAAGAAGGCACUUGAAAUGCACAACAAUAAUUCAGAAAAGGCCGAAACCUGGCUCAAUGAGCAAGCUCAAGCAAUGGGCUGGGCCAAAGCUACAAAGCUGGCCGGACGCACAGCACUCCAGGGACUCGUAGCUGUCAGGUUUGACAAGAGUCAUGGGGCCCUGGUGGAACUCAACUGUGAAACAGACUUUGUAGCCAAAAAUGACAAGUUCCAGAAACUGAUGGAAGACGCUGCUGCUGCUUGUUUCAAAUUUGCACACACCAGUCUGCAAGCCAAAGGUCCAGUGACUAAGAUGGAACUUGACAGCGAGCAGCUCGGCAACCUAUCCGCAGACGGCAAAAAAUUGUCCGAAGUCCUCGCGUUAUUCAUCGGAAACGUAGGCGAGAACGCCGUGCUGAGACGCGCAGAGUGCUGGAAGGCGAACAACGAGGACUUGAGGAUCGCCGCGUACACGCACCCCGCGCCCGCCGCGGCCGGCGCCUACUCCGCCGGCAAGUACGGCGCCCUGCUCGCCUACCGCCAGCUCGCCGACACGGAGGACGUCGGCCGCCAGCUCUGCCAACACAUAGUCGGAUGUGCGCCUGCGAAAAUAGGCGACAAAAACAUCGACAAACCCGCCAAGGACUCCGACGACGAGACCUACCUCAUCUACCAAGAGUACCUCCUAGACCCCUCCUAUACUGUCCAAGAAAUAUUAGAACAGAAUAAAGUCGAAAUCGUCGAUUACGUUAGAUUCUCGUGCGGUGAGAAUGCAGAAGCUAAUAUGCCCGGGGUCGAAAAACAGCCGUUGGACACGGUGCAAACGUUACAGUAGAUUUAGCGAUGUAUGAAUAUGAACAUACUUGUAAAGUUUUUGUUACGAUUUUAUUAUUUACGUGCACGUAAAUUAGGUGUUCCUAGUUGUACAGAAUUUAAGAAAUAAAUAGCUUGAGUACUC